AUGGGUGCACAGGUGGAACGUCGUAUGGGUGCAGUCGAGAACCGCCAGGCGAAGAUGGAGACACACGUAUCGCGGAUGGAAGAACGCAUUCAACAAGUGGAAGCAACUCUGGGGAUCAUGGCCCAAGACAAGCCGCAUAUCCAGAUCGACACAGGCUUCAACCGUGAGCCCAACCGCACCAUCAUCGUAGCGAGAUGCAAGUCUAUGGUGCAGAAGCAGCAGAUUGGCAGUGCGAUCGAGGAGUGGGUGGCAGCACCGAACCUUCCUUCUUCCUCUUAUGAUAUCGUCGGAGAGCCCGCAGCGAAGCGCCUCGACAUUCAAUUUGGCGGCACUUCGGCACUGGCCGCGAGGAGGGCUACUCAGGCGCUCAUGUGCCUCAAUCGUGGCCCGAACGACUGGCGCAGGUUCAAGGUCUCAGACGUGGACGGUUAG